AUGUUACUAAGCAUAAAAAGCAUUUUGUGGAUGUAUUCUACUUUGGUUGUAACACAUGGAGUACGUCAAGUCACAGUGGAAAAAAGUCCUCCUGUAAAGGGAUUCCUUUCUGGAAAAGUCAGCCUACCUUGCCACUUUUCAACCAUGCCCACUCUACCACCCAGUUACAAUACCACGAGUGAAUUUCUUCGCAUCAAAUGGUCGAAGAUUGAAGAGGAUAAAAGUGGAAAAGAUUUGAAAGAAACUACUGUUCUUGUAGCCCAAAAUGGGAAUAUCAAGAUUGGUCAGGGCUACAAAGGGAGAGUGUCAGUGCCCACCCAUCCAGAGGAUGUGGGAGAUGCUUCACUUACCAUGGUUAAACUUCGUGCAAGCGAUGCAGGUCUUUAUCGCUGUGAUGUCAUGUAUGGAAUUGAAGACACCCAAGACACUGUGUCAUUGGCAGUGGAUGGUGUCGUUUUUCAUUAUCGAGCUGCAACCAGUAGGUACACUUUAAAUUUUGAGAAGGCCCAGCAAGCUUGUCUGGACAAUGGUGCUGUAAUAGCAAAUCCAGAACAGCUAAAAGCUGCCUAUGAAGAUGGAUUUGAGCAAUGUGAUGCGGGCUGGUUGUCUGACCAAACUGUGAGAUAUCCCAUCAGAGCACCCCGAGCUGGCUGUUACGGAGAUAUGAUGGGAAAAGAAGGAGUCAGAACCUAUGGCUUCCGUGCCCCUCAUGAAACUUAUGAUGUAUAUUGUUAUGUGGAUCACUUAGAAGGGGAUGUGUUCCAUGUCACGGGUCCCAACAAACUUACCUUUGAAGAGGCUGAAGAAGAGUGUGCAAACCAGGAUGCCCGACUUGCUACUGUGGGAGAGUUGCAUGCUGCCUGGAGAAAUGGAUAUGACAAAUGUGAUUAUGGCUGGCUGUCAGAUGCCAGUGUGCGCCAUCCUGUGACUGUGGCCAGGGCCCAGUGUGGAGGUGGCUUACUUGGGGUGAGAACCCUGUAUCGUUUUGAGAACCAGACAGGCUUCCCUUUACCUGAUAGCAAAUUUGAUGCCUACUGCUAUAAACGGCGUGAUCUCUGCAAAACUAACCCGUGCCUUAAUGGAGGCACCUGUUAUACCAGAGAUACUACUUAUGUAUGCACCUGUGUACCAGGAUACAGUGGAGACCAGUGUGAAUUUGAUUUUGACGAAUGCCAAUCCAACCCCUGCCGGAAUGGAGCCACUUGUGUUGAUGGUUUUAAUACAUUCACUUGUCUCUGCCUUCCAAGCUAUGUUGGUGCUCUCUGUGAACAAGACACAGAGACGUGUGAUUAUGGCUGGCACAAAUUCCAAGGUCAGUGCUACAAAUACUUUGCCCAUCGUAGAACAUGGGAUGCUGCUGAAAGAGAGUGUCGGCUUCAGGGUGCCCAUUUGACCAGUAUCCUGUCCCAUGAAGAACAGCUAUUUGUGAACCGUGUGGGCCAUGAUUAUCAGUGGAUAGGUCUCAAUGAUAAGAUGUUUGAGCAUGACUUCCGCUGGACAGAUGGCAGCACACUGCAAUAUGAGAAUUGGAGGCCAAAUCAGCCAGACAGCUUUUUUUCCUCUGGAGAAGACUGUGUAGUAAUUAUUUGGCAUGAGAAUGGUCAGUGGAAUGAUGUCCCAUGCAAUUACCAUCUCACUUAUACCUGCAAGAAAGGAACAGUUGCUUGUGGCCAGCCCCCCAUUGUAGAAAAUGCGAAGACCUUUGGAAAGAUGAAACCUCGUUAUGAAAUCAACUCUCUGAUUAGAUAUCACUGCAAAGAUGGUUUCAUUCAACGCCACCUUCCAACUAUCCGGUGUCUAGGAAAUGGAAGAUGGGCUUUGCCUAAAAUUACCUGCAUGAACCCAUCCACAUACCAAAGGACUUAUUCUAAGAAACAUUUUAAAAAUUCCUCAUCAGCCAAGGACAAUUCAAUAAAUUCACCGAAACACUAUCAUCGCUGGAGCAGCAGGUGGCAGGACUCAAGGCGCUGAUCCCUCAAAUGGUGAACAUGGAUUUUCAUCAUUUCAGCCAAAGUCCUAACUUACUGUGCCUUUCCUAUCACUUUUAGAAGUACUAUCAGAUUGUUCUGAAAUUUUGGAUCAGCAUCCAGUAACUUUGGGCCACAGGGCCCACAAAACGUUUCAAAUGAGAGUAUUGGAGUUUAACAGGAAAGUUUAAAAAAAGGGGGGGAAAAAGAGAGAAAAAUGAGGUAAGAAAAGAACUAUUUCCAGCCUAUUCAAUUUCUUUAGUUUUCUAUAUGCCUCCGGUGGGGACCAUUUUAUAAAGUAUACCAGCCUACUGUACUAUUUAAACAGCUCAAUUUCAGCACCAAUGACAAUGUAAAUAAGAUGAUUUAAUGUUGUUUUUAAUCUUGUAUAUAAAAUGAAAAGUCACACUAAGUUCAGGCAUAUUUAAUGAUGAUUAUAUGGCCUCAGAGGGCUUUAAUCAUUGACUCAGCUGCUUUUAUGUAGUUUGUUUAGGCUGGAAAUGGUUUCAAUUACCCUGUAUAUGUCAACCAGCCUGAGAAUGGCUCUUACUGGACACAGCUAAGCAAUCUUGUAGGAGGCUGCAUCACUCUCCGCCAUAGGUGCAGUUUGCUUCCCUGUGUGUCUAGGGAAGGUAGCACGUGAAGAGGAACCAAGGCUCAACGAAGGGACUGCAACGUGGAACUUUUUUUGGCUGCAUUCUAGCUUCAUUACUCAACAAGAAAAGACUGAAGAAAGAUUUUUCCAUGGCCGAGAUCUUCUAUAGGGGUCAAAGUGCUAAUUAUUAACUCAACCAGGUUCACUUUCUAAUGGUUUUCACAACACUAACUAGUUUUCAGUUACAGACUUCUGCAUUUCAAAUGGAUAUAGACCUGAGGCUUUUUUUUGAGGUUAAAAUCAACAGCAACAAUGACACACACAGAAAAUAAUUUUGUAUAUAUAACCAUUUUUAAUCUUUUAUAAAGUUAUGAAUGUUUAUGUAUGAAUGCUGCAGCUGUGAUGCAUACAUAAAUAAAUGAAGUAAGCCAUA